CAUCCCCGUGGGAGUGGGCCCCACUCCCCUUAAAAUAAUAUCAACGAACUGACAAUAGUUUUUGGCGGGAUCGAGAAUCGCCGGCGACCGAGCUCCGGCCGUGCCCUGAACUUAGCUUCUUCACAUGGCGGCCUUCAUUUAUUCACGUACCGAUUCAGGUCUCGUUCUCGUUCUCGUUCUCCGUUUGGUCGUCGCCGAGAGAGAAGAUGAAUAUUAUGCUGUCUCUGCCAUAUUCUCUCCCAAGCUGCAGCUACCGCCCUUUUCUCGUCUCUUCUACUUCCGGCAAUUUUCUCCCUUCGUCUUUGUCCUCUUCUUCUCCGGCUGGAUUUCGCCCUGCAUCUUCGCUACGGUUGUCCGACGAACGAAUUAGGGUUUGGAAUCCGGUCUUCCGUUCCCGAGCGAGGCGGAUUGAUGUGAGAUUGCCGGUUCCUCCUCCUCGGUGCGGACCUUCAUCGAGCGGCAGCGGCGUCGAGGGCGAGCGGAGUUUGAGGCAGUGGAUCGAGUUGCUCGGUGAAGCUUUAUCGACUGCGUUUCCAGUGUGGGUGGCGUUAGGUUGCUUGCUAGGGCUGCUCAGGCCGGCUGCGUUCAAUUGGGUCCGACCGAGAUGGACUGUUCUCGGUAUUACCCUCACAAUGCUUGGUAUGGGUAUGACAUUGACCCUCGACGAUCUUCGUGGAGCCCUGGCUAUGCCUAAGGAAUUGAUUUCUGGGUUCUUGCUCCAGUAUUCGGUGAUGCCAAUAUCUGGUUUUCUUGUCAGCAAGCUUUUAAAUCUGCCGUCUUAUUACGCAGCUGGUUUAAUAUUGGUUGGCUGCUGUCCUGGCGGAACAGCAAGCAAUAUCGUCGCUUACAUUGCACGGGGAAAUGUAGCUCUUUCUGUGCUGAUGACAGCGGCAAGCACUGUAGCAGCCGUGAUCAUGACCCCAUUUCUCACUGCUAAACUUGCUGGUCAAUUUGUUGCUGUGGAUGCUGCUGGGUUAUUACUUUCCACACUGCAGAUUGUGCUUCUUCCGGUUUUGGCUGGUGCCUUUUUAAACCAGUAUUUCCAUGGCUUGGUUAGACUUGUCUCCCCAUUGAUGCCCCCUAUUGCUGUUGGUACUGUAGCUGUUUUAUGUGGAAAUGCAAUUGCCCAGAGUUCUUCUGCUAUCCUCAUGUCUGGUCAACAAGUCGUGCUGGCUGCAUCUCUUCUCCAUGCUUCGGGAUUUUUCUUCGGUUAUGUGCUUGCAAGAAUGCUCGGUAUCGAUGUUUCAUCUUCUCGAACUAUCUCCAUUGAAGUUGGCAUGCAGAACUCGGUGUUAGGCGUCGUUCUUGCUACCCAACACUUUGGAAAUCCUCUGACAGCAGUGCCUUGCGCAGUUUCCAGUGUUUGUCACUCAAUCUUUGGUAGCAUUCUUGCUGGGAUCUGGAGACAAAGCAAAGGUUAGAUGAAAAUGAUGUCUUCUACACAUUUUCUACACAUUUUAUCCGCAGCGCAUUUCAUGUUUCUGUUUUAGUAAAUUUCAGAGAUUGGAAGGGCUCAAGGGUAAUUUCUAAUUGUUGCCGAUUCUUGAGAUGGUGCUUUUUGCAAUCAUUCUAUGUUUGAAUUUUGAUUCAAGUUUAAGUUUUUUUUAGUACAACAUGUAGAAGUGUGGAUUUGAACUCAUGACUAGUCAGAGAUAUGUGUCUUAACCACUUGAGCUAUGCUUCGGUUUAGCCAAGUUUAAGUUUGUUGUAGAAAAAGCCCUUGGAUGUUGUAUAAAAAUCUUGCGACUUCUUUUAAUGUUACCUGUCUGAUUAUGAAUAAGAACUUUUCUUCUGCA